CUCAACUCAUCUGAGCCAAGAUGCACGGAGUUCAAAGACCUAAAACUGUCACACCACGUCAUCCUAGUGAAAUCGAAGAAGAGAGAGUUCGAUUGCAAGAGUAUCAAUUAUUGAAUAAGAGUUUACUAGAACGAAAUCACAGAAAGGAGUUUGAAGAAGACGAUUCAUUUGAUUUAAGUACAGCACUUUUAACCUUAAAUCCAGAACAUGUAACAGCUUGGUCAUUCCGAAGAAAAUGUUUAAUCUCAAUGAUCAAAUCAAAUGAAGUUAAUCACCAUGAAAUAAUAUUAGAAAAAUUAAAUGAUGAAAUGAAAUUCACAUUUAAAAGUUUUGAAAACCAUCCAAAAUGUUAUUCGAUUUGGGAGCAUCGUAAAUGGAUUUUAAAACAAAUGAAAAGUCAAGAUUGGUUUAAUGAAUUGAAUUUAGUAGAAAGUUUACUUAAAAAAGAUGGAAGGAAUUUUCAUGCAUGGGGAUAUAGACGGUUUUUAAUUUCGAUGAUUUCAAGUCAAGAUGAUCAACUUUCAUCUCAAGAAAGGUUUAAAUCUGAAUUAAAUUUUACAACAAAACAAAUCGAAUCAAAUUUUUCAAAUUUUUCUGCUUGGCAUUAUCGAUCAAGAUUACUUGAAUCUCAGUUUCUAGGUUCUAAGACAGAUGAAAAAGAAAUUAGAUUGAAAGAAGAAUUUGAAUGGGUUCGGAAUGCUUUAUGGAUUGAUCCGAAUGAUCAGAGCGGUUGGUUAUACCAUCGUUGGUUAAUGAGUCAUAACGAUCGAGAUGAUGUUCGGGAAGCAGAGAUUGCAUCGAUUAAAGAAUUAUUAGAACUCGAACCUGAUUCGAAAUGGGCACUAGCCACAUUACUUCAAUAUUGUCCAAAUGAAGUAGAUGUUUUGAACAAGUUAGUCGAAUUAGAUCCAUUACGUAAAGAGCGGUACUUGGAUGUGGCGAAAGGUCUUGUAAAAGUUUGAGGGAUUAGAAAUGUUUUUUUGCCCCAGAGUCUUGAUGCUUUCCUUUUCAUGUUCAACUCUUUUUGUUGUGAUUUGAUUUUCUUUGUUUAUUUUCAGCUUUUGGCCUCGUUGGAUUCCAAUUCUCUACCCUUGUUUUCUUCAAGUCCCAUGAUACAAGACUAAAGGCCCUUUCAAAUAUUCCAUUUUGUCUCAUAGAGUUCCUUGUUCUUCUCUAUUCUUGUAAUAUAUGUGAUGUUCCCAAUAAUAAGCUAGUGAACUGC